AUGUCGGAUUCUGUAGACAGAGUCUUCAGCCAUGCGCUCAACACCGUCAACAAAAUCCGGACCGGUUCCGAGAAGCCACCGUCGGCGGUCCGACUGAAGCUCUAUGGCUUGUACAAACAGAGCAUGGAAGGAGAUGUCGACGGCGUCAUGGACCGGCCCUCAGGCCAAGGAGAAGAGGCGCACCGAGCGCGGGAGAAAUGGGACGCAUGGAAGCAGCAACAGGGGCUCUCGCGCACCGAAGCCAAACGCCGCUAUAUCUCCACCCUUAUAGACACGAUGCACAAGUACGCCUCACCGAGCCCAGACGCGCGCGAGCUAGUCGCCGAACUCGAGUUUGUCUGGGACCAGGUCAAGUCGAACGUCUCCUCGGACUCGUCAUCCUCGUCUCCCCUGCAAAGGCUCUCGAUACCCGGCCUGCACAACCCGCCUACAUAUCCAACGCUAGGGUCGUCGCAGGCCUCGGGCGACUUCCGAAACCAGCAACCCGUCUCGACGAACACGCCGAUGAGGGAAGUGAGCCCGGAGUCUGAAGACCAGGACGCCGAGGAAGAAGAGGCGGAGGAACGGGAAGAGUUUGUCGACGCGCCGGAUUCGCAGUAUGAGCUCGAGCACUUGGAUGAGCGGCGAGCGCAGCGCAGACAAGAAACACAACCCCCAGCCCACACCAACAGACCCCCAAACACUCGCCGACGCUCCUCGCCAAACUCAGAAGAGUCGAAGUGGCGGCGCCGCGUCGAGCAAGCGCUUGUCAAGAUGACAGCCGAGGUCGCCGCACUAAGGGAACAGCUUGAAUCGCGCCGGCUGUUCAGUCAUUCUCGGCGGCACUCGGUUCUUGGGUGGGCAAGGUGGGUAUUCUGGAACGCUGCGAGGGUCGUGAUGGUGGACGUAUUUGUGCUUGGCGUAGUGCUACUGUGGAUGCGGCGGAAGAAGGAUCGCCGGCUCGAGGGCGCGAUCAGAGUGUUACUUGGGGAUGCGGUGACGGAGAUGCAAAGGGUGGGUGGGAAACAGAUUUCGAAGCUGCAAUUGCCUAAGCUAUCUUCGAUCAAGGGCUGA